CAUGAACCGUUAUCGAUAAGUGUUGUCCCAGCCCAGCUCUUGCAGCUAAGCCUCAAUGUUGUCAAUCAUAUCAUUCACAAGUUCAAUUCAUACAUAACAGCUCACAGCCACCGCCUUCGUCGUUAUUGCCUAUACGAUGCAAAAGGAAUAACUUUUUUUUUCUUUUUCUUUAAUCACUUUCUGCAUUUGUCUAUUUCUCUCUUAUACUAGACUUCGUUAGCUAAGCACGUAAUUGUCUCUCGUUUUCAUUAUCGAAUUCAACCAUGUCCGACCUUUACCUAUCUCAUUUCAGGAAUUGGAUCCUCAAAUCACCUCCGGCAGAAUGGGCUAUUAGAAAUACCCGAGAACUGCUCAUAGGUACCCUAAAACAAGGUCCCAUACCUCAGCACGUCGCUUUCGAAAUGGAUGGAAACAGGCGCUUCGCUAAGAACCACAAGAUCGAAGCUAUAGAAGGCCACCACUUGGGGUUUGAAGCCUUAGCGAGAGUGCUUGAGAUAUGCUACAAGUGUGGAGUCAAGGUUGUGACCGUAUAUGCGUUCAGUAUCGAAAACUUUAAUCGACCUAGGCACGAAGUCAGUGGUCUGAUGGCAAUGGCUAAAGUCAAACUGCAACAGCUGGUUCAGCAUGGCGAGCUGCUAGACCGGUAUGGUGCUGGUAUUCGAGUACUAGGGGAACGUGAUUUGAUCCCAGAUGAUGUAUUGCCCUACGUCGAUCAAGCCAUUGAUAUGACGAAACAUAAUAAGGAUGCCGUGCUUAACAUAUGCUUCCCUUAUACAUCCAGGGCUGAAAUGACCAGCGCAAUAAAAGCCACAGUAGACGAAUACACAACAUCGCCUCGAUUAACGAACACGCCGUUCUCACAGUCACGAAUCACACAGAAGAUAAGAUCUAACAGGUCGAAAAAGUCAGACACUUCUUCGGCUGUGGAUUCUUCUUUAGAUGAAAAUGGCGUAUCGGACAUGGAUGAUUCCAUGUCUUCAACUACAGCCCUGGAUCCGGAUUCGCCGCCUCUACAGUCAACACCAGUGAAACCUACCAGGUACCUAAAUCCGGAAAACAUCACAGCUGAGACUAUUAAUAGUCAUACUUAUACUGCCAAGUGCCCGCCGUUGGACAUUUUCGUUCGGACUAGUGGUGUUACGAGAUUGAGUGAUUUCAUGUUGUGGCAGUGCCAUGAGAAUACGCAGAUAUUCUUUCUGAAGUGUCUCUGGCCCGAGUUUGAUUUAUGGCACUUUAUUCCUAUCCUUUUGGAAUGGCAGUGGCGACAAAAGAAGUUGAUGGAGAAGGAGGCAUCGCGGAAAUGAUUGAACAAACGGUGCAGCAUACCCCCUUUAUAUUGCCUUUAUACUGGCGUUGAGAGGCGUAUUAGUUCGAGAUUAUUUUAGCGGCAGUGAUACAUGUCAGCGGCUGAAUUUAGUGACCUAGGAUAAAUAAUGUAUUGUAGAAAACA